GCUUCCGCCGCUUUACAACUCCCCACCCCAACCCAGAAUACCGAUCCCACCGCACACUGCACCCAGUGCGGCGGCCGCCGGCAAUGGCGGCGGCGGCGCACGGCGGCGACUACCUGCGGCGGUUCGUCGCGGAGACGGAGUGGUACAACGCGGUCGUCCUCAGCGCCGUGGCGCCAGGCGACUGGUGGCGCGGCCUGCCGCACCCGGUGCAGUCGUGGAUGCGCAACUGCGUCGGCGGCUACCUCCUCUACUUCAUCUCCGGUUUCCUCUGGUGCUUCGUCAUCUACUACUGGAAGCGCCACGCCUACAUCCCCAAAGAUGCCAUUCCCACAAAUGAAGCUAUGAAGAAGCAAAUAGUUGUAGCAUCGAAGGCUAUGCCUUUUUACUGUGCUCUUCCAACUUUAUCUGAAUAUAUGAUUGAGAGCGGAUGGACCCAGUGUUACUUUAAUAUCAGUGAAGUUGGUUUUUCUAUGUACCUCUGUUAUAUGGCUAUGUAUCUCAUUUUUGUGGAGUUUGGAAUUUACUGGAUGCACAGAGAGUUGCAUGACAUAAAGCCAUUAUACAAAUAUCUGCAUGCAACCCAUCAUAUUUACAACAAGGAAAAUACUUUGUCUCCAUUUGCUGGACUUGCAUUUCAUCCACUGGAUGGUAUUCUGCAAGCAAUACCACAUGUGUUUGCGCUCUUCCUCUUUCCAACUCACUUCAGGACACAUAUUGCUCUCUUGUUCUUAGAGGCCGUGUGGACAACAAACAUCCACGACUGCAUUCAUGGCAAGAUAUGGCCAGUCAUGGGCGCUGGAUAUCACACCAUUCACCAUACAACUUACCGCCACAACUAUGGCCACUACACCAUCUGGAUGGACUGGAUGUUUAGUACCCUCCGUGAGCCAGAAGAUAUCCUCAAGAAGGAUUGAGUUCCUCGUAGCUGUGGUUUUCCUUUGGUGCUGGGAAGUGCUUGAUUUGCUCCCAGUGUCUCUAAUCCGUUGAGCGCCUGUUCAGUACUGUCUGUUGCCGUAGGCGUCGGUGUGUUACUUAGUGUGCUAGGUUCAUGUGGUGUUGUGGUUAUUCCGUAAUUUAGCGAUGUUUGUCUCAUGAUGAUGCAAUGGAGUUCAGGAGGAAUAAAACUCUGCUAGACACAUUCUGAACUCCAGCUGCUUGUACAAUGUUGCACCUCAACUGUCAAUAUAGGAUGUAAAAUGGAUUCCUUAUACCUGGUGACUUGGUGAGUUCGUUGUGGUUUCUGUGCAUGCA